AUGAGUGUUGCCAAUUCUGAUGAUCUGAAGCUUGAUUUCUACAAGAAAACAUGCCCCUCCGUUGAGUCCAUUGUCAAAAAGACCACAGCUGAUUUCGUUCUUAGAGCUCCCACUCUUGCAGCUCCGUUGCUUAGGAUGCAUUUCCACGAUUGCUUUGUUAGGGGUUGUGACGGUUCGGUACUAUUAAACUCAACAAACAAUAAUGAAGCCGAGAAAGAAGCAAUACCAAACCAGACUCUAAGAGGAUGGCAUGUCAUUGAUGCCGUCAAAACCGCCGUGGAGAACAAGUGCCCCAACGUUGUUUCUUGCUCCGACAUCUUGGCUUUGGUAGCAAGAGAUUCUGUCUUAUUGAUAAAAGGACCAUAUUGGGAAGUGCCUUUGGGACGUAGAGAUGGAAGCAUAUCCAUAAAAGAUGAAGCUGCAAAUGAUUUACCAUCCCCUUUUGCCAACAUCACAUCACUCAAGAACACGUUCGGUUCACUCGGUUUGAAUUCGAAAGACCUUGCGGUUCUUUCGGGAGGACAUACAAUAGGAAUUGGUCAUUGCUUUGCAAUCAACAAUAGGCUUUAUAACUUCACCGGAAAUGGCGACUCUGAUCCAUCAAUGGAUCCCAAUUACGUUGCACAUCUCAAGGUGAAAUGUAGGCCCGGAGACCAAACCACUUUCGUUGAGAUGGACCCGGGAAGUUUUAGAACAUUUGAUGAUGAUUAUUACACACUUGUUUCAAAGAGAAGAGGUUUGUUUCAAUCGGAUGCUGCCCUUCUUGAUGAUAGGGAGACCAAAGGGUACGUUGAACUUCAAAGGUCCACCGGUGGAUCUACCUUCUUUGAGGAUUUUAGGGUGUCUAUGGUUAAGAUGGGAAAGAUUGGAGUUCUUACUGGCCGUGAAGGACAAAUAAGAAAGCAUUGUGCUUUUGUCAACUAAUGUUUUAUGGAUUGGUUUCUUUCUUGUUUCUAUUGUUU